AUGCUUCUCAAGAUCCUUGUUUCCAUCACAGCUGCCGUUGCAGUCACAGCAUCAGCCAUCGACAAACCAGUCGGUGCUUCUGGCUGUCGGUGGGAGGGUACAGCUCCUUACUGCGCAGGCGAGUGUGACGCCGGCUGGACUGAGAGGGGACGUAGUCAAUGUGGUGACGGUAGCUGCUGCUGGACUGGAAGCAAAGCCCUCUGCUGCGAAGAUGAGGAUGUCGUCAAGGAGUUGGUAAAGCAGCAGGACAAAAUUGGUGUUACUGGUUGUAAGUGGCAGGGCACAGCUCCUUACUGCGAAGGCGAGUGUGAAGCCGGCUGGAGUGAGAGGGGACGUAGCCAAUGUGGUGAUGGUAGCUGCUGUUGGACUGGUAGCAAGGCUCUGUGCUGCGAAGACGAGGAUGCCGUCGCCCAGGACCUCUAG